GAUGUGCUUCUUUCAGGCGACGCUGCCAGCGUGACGUCUAAUCUAGUGGACGGUUCUUCAGAAUCAGCUCGUCAACCACCUCCGUAGCUUGCUAGCCAACAUAGCCGACAGAUUCGAGCUAUUUAUAUGCUUUCGGUGUAUAUUAGCUGCUGUUUUUAAAACCAGUUUCUAUCGUCAAGUAAGUUAUUCCAUUCACUUUCAUAUUUACGUUGUUGUUGGUCAGCUAGCGGGCUGGUUAAGUUAGCAUUAGCCUAGCUAGCUAACAUCUCUGACCAUGAGGUCACUAAGCUAUUCUCCUGCUAAAGAAGAGGCGGUCUGCUGGACGGAGAAAGAAACUCUCGUGAAAGAGGAGAAGGAAGAGGAGGAUAUUACAAUACAAAAACAAGUAGAGGUUGAGGCUGUUACCAUGAAAGAAGAAGAGAAAGACAUUACAGUGAAAGAACAGGAGGAUUUUACAAUAAAACAAGAAGUAGAGGGUGAGGCUGUUACAGUGAAAGAAGAGGAAGACUCGUUCAGAGUGAAAGAGGGGGGUGUUACAGUAAAAGAAGAGGAGGAAGAGAAAGAGGAGGAUUAUGUUUUUGGAGUGAAAGAGGAGGAGGGAGAGAUGACUGUUACAUCGAAAAAGGAGGACAAUGGAUCUCUGGGGCCGGUUUCCCAAAGGCAACAUAAGGCGUCCAAUGGUUCUAAAGAUGAACUUAGCCAUAAAAUGCUUUUAGGAAACCUAGCCCUGAUUAACACUAGAGAGAGAGGUGACUAUUGUGGAUCCUCUGGGGAGCCUCAGCUACAUCAUGACGCUGACGAGGCAGAGAAGAGUCUCUCCACAUCAGAACACCUCAAGAAACACCAACGGAAACCCACAGGGAAGAAUUCUCACUACUGCUCUGACUGUGGGAAGAGUUACUCAAGAUUAGAUUCACUAAAAGUACACCAGAGAAUUCACACAGGCGAUACAGCUCACUGCUCUGACUGUGGGAAGAGAUUCACCACUAUAGCAAACCUUAAAAUACAUCAGAGAAUCCAUACAGGAGAGAAACCUUAUAGCUGUGAUCAAUGUGGGAAGAGUUUUACUCACUCAAGCUGCCUGAAGGUACAUCAGAGAACACACACUGGAGAGAAACCUUAUAGCUGUGAUCAAUGUGUGAAGAGAUUUGUCACAUCUAGUAGUCUGACUAUACACCAGAGAACACAUACAGGAGAGAAACCUUUUGGUUGUGAUCAAUGUGGGAAGAGAUUUGUUUCAUCUAGCCGCCUGACUAUACACCAGAGAACACACACAGGGGAGAAACCGUUUAGUUGCUCUGACUGUGGGAAGACCUUUUCAAAAUUAUAUACAUUACAAUUACACCAGAGAAUUCACACUGGAGAUAAAGUUUAUAGCUGUAAUCAAUGUAGGAAGAGUUUUAAUCGCUCAAGCUUGCUGAAGGUACAUCAGAGAACACACACUGGAGAGAAAUCUUUUAUAGCUGUGAUCAAUGUGGGAGGAGAUUUGUUACACAUAGCAGUCUGACUAGACAACAGAGAAACAAAUCUUAUAGCUGUGAUCAAUGUGGGAAUAGAUACUCUGGUUACAUAUCUCUGAUUAAACAUCAGAAAAUAUACAUGAAGAAGUUGUUUCAUGAUAUCAAUAAAAUGUCACAAUGUAGA